AGCCUUUGGGAUCAAGCCCGGGCCCGACAGGGGCGACGGUUCCGCCGGAGAAGGUACCCCUCUCAGCGCAUGCCGGCCGGCGCGGUGCGCUUCCGCGACCCCGCGGGCGCCGCGGGAGAGAAGCGGGAGGCCUUCGGGCAGGCUGCGCAGCCGAGGCUUAAUGACAGGUUGCCUUACCGCCGCAUCAGCUCCGGUGAGCUGGACCGGGCGCGGCGGAGGAAGGAACAGAAGCAGGAGCAGUCGGAUGAGCGCGAAGAGAAGGAGGUGGCGACCCCAUGCUCAGGAACCACGAGGAGCACGAUGACGCCGAUGACCACGUUGGAGGACUCGGAGAAGGAGGAGGAAGAGGAGAAGGAGGUCUCGGCCGCGUUGUCCGAACAGAAGACGAAGAAGCGUGCGCCACUCAAGCGGAGCUCCAGCCAGCACUUGGGAAAUAUGGAUGACUCGGCCUUGCCUGACUUCGACAUCUACCCAGAGUAUUUGCGUAUAGGGCCAUGGUCGCCAGUCGCGUAUGUGUAUUUGGCCUGCAUCUUCGCAUGGCUACUUUGGAGCUCCACCGAGGCCCUGGAGUCCGGAACGAUUGCUCCCGGGAGAGGGCCAUGGGUUGCACUUGUGAUUCGACCGAUUUCGAUCACGCGAUCUGUUGGAGGGAUGUCCGAAUAUCAGCAGAUCGUUGACCACACUGGGGUGGGGGAGCAAACAACGCUCAGAAGUUAUGAUGCGUGCUUUUGUGCUUUGGAUCAGAGCUGUGGGUCACAUUUGCGGUUGCGUUCGGACCGAGGCCAAGCGACAUGCGGGCGAAGGCAUCCCUCCUGCUUGAGAGGUCUCCUAAGGCGGUCAGCCAAUACAGCGCAAUAAGAUUGCCAGAGAUCUCGUGGAAGGCACGAGCGCUGUCGGGUGCCUUGGGAUGCUACACUGUCUAUGUCCACUGGACAGCCGUGAAAGCGGUUGGAUGGUGGCCUUACGUGUCUUACACGAUGUGCUCCUAUUCUUUACUUAGCGUUCGCUUCAUACUGGUGGCUCUCGGAGGGGGCGCAGUGGCUGAAUUCAUCCGUUUUCCAACGCUGGCGAUGAACUCGACCACGACUGUGGUGUGGUGGGCGCUGAUAGCGCCUGCGAUGAUGCUUUUCAUGCCCCAGGGGAAUGCGAGGCGGAAGUUCUUAGAGUGGAAUUUCUCGUUCUUUUUGGUUAACGUCCACCUGCUCAACUUACCCCUGGCGCUGAUCGACCAUCACCUCACCUGGAGGCCGCUGGGCCUGUGGGACAUCUGGGCGGGUAUCAUCACCGCCAUGAUGUACUUGGUGUUCUAUCUGAACGUCCUCGACAAGCGUGGCAUGCACUUCUACAUAAUCCUCAGUCCCCGGCGCGCCUGGUGCUGCGUCCCUGGCUACACGGCGGUACUGCUGGUCUAUUUCCUGAACUACUGGCUGCUGGGCUGAUCGCCAUGGAGGGGAAGGGUCCUGAGGGAAGACGGGUCCUAGACCCCGAGUUCUCUCCAUAACUCGGGGUGGAGGUCCCCCAAGGCUGUUUCCAGCACGUGCUUGUCUCGAGCAGUGUGUUCUCGUGUCUCCCCCUGGCGCAUUGAUCCGAGGCGGGAAUUUAUCCAUAACCACCGCCUUUGGGAUCGAUCUUCGCGGACCUCCACAGGCGGUGGAUCUGGAUAUAUUCGGGCCCCCGGGGGCCAACAUGUAUCCAUAUCCACCGCCCGCCGGGGCACCAGGACGUCGGCUCCCAGGCGGUGGAUAUGGAUAAAUCCCCGCCUUGUAAUUUUGAUGUGUGGAGGCCAGACUCAGAAGUCGACAGCCUGUUUCUCUGAGGCAGAUGCCCAGUUGCACCGAUUUUCCCACAAUGCGUCUCACAAGGCUUCCAAUUCUGACCGCUGCGGUUCCGGUCUGAACUGCGUGAGCUCUAAAGUUUCCCGCAAGAGGCGUCCAAAGUUGACCUUGGGUGUGCCGACACCUUGUGCGAUACCUGUGUCAGCCGACAUCGGCAUGAUUGCCACUUACGUCCAGCGCAGCGUGUUACAGUAGAACGGGGCUAUCAGAGUAGCAGCCCGCAUGAUGUCGCGCGCUGGGAAAGUAUCCUUCAGCGCUUUGCUUUCCCCUCCCCCUUUCCUCGUCAUCCUCCUUUUCCCUCCUUCGUCCCCCCUCUCCUCUGAUUUUGAGCACCCUGACGUAAUCCCGGCAUUUUCCUUCACCGCGUUUGUCACAGCUGUCCGAAUUCAGAGCCCUACGAUGGUCGACCAUGAAUACAGCACGUACAACGACGCCAAUGUUGUCGCCUACGCCCUGAGUUACACGUUCACCUACGCAUACUAUGUCUGUAAUUCCCGCUUCUUCUGUACCCCGCAGUGUCUUUUUAGUUUGUGUUAGCCAAUGCAGACAAGGUAGUACACCACAGUAUCCAUACAGCUCCGACAGAUCAUAGGCACAUAGUUUAUCUGUAGUGCUGCAUUUCUUGCGUUGGUAUCACACUUGGCCGCACCCACCGACCGCGGAGAGGAGACACAGUCCUCACACAAUUUUGAUGCACCACGCG